AUGUAUUCAAAUACUUUGAUGCGUUUGAGGCCGAUUCAAGUACUACUUUUUGUUUAUUUGCUGCGAACUCGUUUAAUUUUGAUCAAUGAAGAACUGAAGACAAUUCAUGCAGCAGCUAUUCGGAAGUCAAACGGUAUCAGUCAAACACAAUCUAAACGUCGCCACAGAAAUCGUCCUUCGGAAGAGCUUUCGAUAAAUUGUCGACUUAUCACCUUGAAGCAUAUCUAUAGCGCACUGAAUGAAUCAUUUGAAUUAAUCAAUGAGGCAGUUGGAUGGUCAAUGGUGGCAUUUACGAUGCAAACGUUUGUCGAAUUCACGUGUAAUUGUUAUUGGGGAUACGUUUGUCUAUAUGAAGACGAUUGCCUUUGGAGUCGUCUUGUUGAGGCGAUUCUUCAUAGAAUCCCAAUUGAUAAGGAAAAUCAAGGUCAAAACGACAUGAUUCGUGAGUUUGCCUUACAAGUACACCAUGAAGAAUUCUUGAUAUCUGCAAAAGGUUAUUUCAAUAUCAAUCUUCGGCUCAUGGGUUCGCUUUUAGCCAGCUCUUCAACAUUUUUAAUUAUUUUGAUUCAGUUCGAAGAGAGUUACCAAAACAUACAAAGCAUACUGAGCAAUCGAACAACUGAAAUGAUAAAUUAG